AUGGCGGUGGAGAAACUUAAUCAAGAAAUAUCAGUGAUUGAAGUCCAUGAUAAUGAAAACAAACAUUUACAACAAAAUUUUAAUUUAUUUUCAACUUGUGCUUUUCAAAUAUCAUUAAUUUGUUCAGCAUUAGCUAUUGGAGCUUAUUUAAAUACAGUUAUUGGUGAAGGAGGUAGUCCAUUUUUCAUUUAUGGAUUUAUAUUAACUGCUUUUUUUAAUUUAAUUAUAUGUUUUUCAUUAGCUGAAUUAGCUAGUGUUUAUCCUCAUUCAUCUGCUCAAAUUCAUUGGACUUAUGUUUUAGCUAGUGAUAAUUAUAAAAGGUUAUUAAGUUUUAUUACUGGGAUUUUAUCAUGUGCUGGAUGGAUAUUUGCAUGUUUAAGUAGUACUUAUGUUGCUACUGUUUUAUUAUUUGCAUUAAUUGAAUUAUAUCAAGAUUUUAUACCUAAAACUUUUCAUUAUUAUUUGGUUUAUACGGGUAUUUUUUUAUCUGGAUUUAUACUUAAUGCUUUUGCUGUUCAAAUUUUACCAAUUUGUACAAAAUUUGUUGCCGGGAUUGUUAAUAUUGCAACUUUAUUUAUAAUUAUUACAUUAUUAGUCAAAGCACCAAAACAAUCAUCAUCAUUUGUAUUUAAAGAAAUUGUAAAUGAUUCAGGUUGGUCAUCUAAUGGAGUUGUGUUUUUUUUAGGAUUAUUACCAAGUAUAGCUAGUAUUACUUUAUUUGAUGGUGCAGUUCAUAUGACAGAUGAGAUUAUACAACCAGAAAGAAAUAUACCUUUGGUUAUGGUUAUAUCAAAUUCAUUUUCAGCUAUAAUUGCAUUUUUUGCAGCUAUAGUAUACAUGUUUUGUGUUAAAAAUGUUGAUAAUUUAACAACACCAGUAGGUGGUCAACCAUUUGUUCAAUUAAUGUAUGAUUCUUUUGAUAAUGAUGCUUUAACUAUUUUGGGUGUUAUAUUUUUAAUUAUUUCAUUUAUUGGUUCUUCAUAUUUAUAUUAUUGUUCUACUUCAAGAUUAGUUUGGUCAUUUGCAAAUUCAAAUCCAUUACCAUUUUCUAAAAAAUUAGGUUCAAUUAAUAAAAAGUUUAAAAGUCCAAUUUGGGCAUUAGGGUUUGUUACUAUAUUAUGUUUAAUUUUAGGUUGUAUUAUGUUUGGAUCUUCAUCAAUUUUAAAUGCAGUUUUAGGUUCAUGUAUGGUUUGUAUAAAUUUAUCAUACCUCAUACCACUUACUUGUUUAUUGAUAAAAACUAAAUGUUCAUUUUAUCGAUUUGAUUCAUAUUUUAAUUUAGGUAAAUUUGGAAUGCCAAUGAAUAUUGCUUCAGUGAUUUGGGUAUGCUUCAUAAUGGUUUGGUUAAAUUUUCCUCUUGUUAAUCCAGUUGAUUCAACAAAUAUGAAUUAUGCAUGUGUUGUACUAGGAAUAACAUUUUUAUUCACAAUUGGUUUAUGGUUUUUAUAUGGAAGAAAACAUUACGAACAUAAUAUAGAUUUAAAACAUUAA